AUGGAGGAUGAAUACAAAAUUUUAACAGUUCUUGUCAUCUUAGCUGUUACAGCUGUACAUAAAACAGAAUCCCCGGACCAAACACGUGAACGAUAUACUAGAGAUCACGUUUCAUCAACAUCGGCACUCAGUAUAUCAUCGCCUGCAACGAUUCCUUCAUUGAAAACCGCGUCGUCCCCACCGGCCAGUAUAUCGACAUCCACCCUAUCUAAAGUGUCACAUUCAACAAAAAUGUCGCCAAACAUUAGUGACGAGACUACAACAAGGUCCAGUGUUACGAAGACGUUCUUGUCUUCCACUUCCGCCUCCUCAUCUGAGUCUUACUCGCAAGAAUCGUCUUCUGCUGCGAUUUCUCGUAUCAUCGCUGGUGUCGUCUCCUCUCUCAUUGUUGUUAUCCUACUGGUGGCUGCAGUAUUUUACUUUAAACGAAGACAAAGGCAAAAGUCCGCCGUUGAAGACCUAAAGGUUAACUACGAGAGUGAAAAAUUUGAGGAUAUAACGGACACCGACUAUGACGUCAUAGCGAUUUCUAGCUCCAAUUAUGAUAAGCUUGAGAACGCUGAUGUAGGUGAAAACCAGUACACCAUGAUAGUACGGGGAACAGGAGGAAAUGAAAUCCCUGAGGAAGAUGUAGUCUCUCUAGAUGACUCCUCGUCGUAUGUUCUACCCAAUGACUUCGGCAUUGUUUCUAGCGUCCGGGCUAAAGUGAAUGGCGUUACCAAUAAAUAUGAAAACACAAUGUUUUCUGUGGAUAUUAAAGACGAUUUUGCACCAAUUAAGGAUGAUGAUGAUUAUAUCCAAUUUUCUGAAGGCAAUGACCAAAUACCUCAUAAAACGUCAUAG